AUGCCAAAUAAUUUCGAGAUAAUAGGUUUCAGCUCAAGCUGAGCAGGGAAGUAUAUAAAAUGAUCUAAAAAGCUCUACCUCUGGAAGAUUCGGCUUGGAAUAGAAGUUCACAUCCUUCAAUUCUAUGAAAGCAGAGUUUCGGGACGCAGACGUGCGUUUUUAAAUGGGAAAUUGGAUAUUUCAGCACGCAAAACUAGUCAGCUUGGACAAUAUCCAUUACGAAUAAGAAGUCAUAUGAUUCUUAUAUUUGAGAGAAAAGACCAUAGCUUUGAUUUAAAAUUUUUUGAUGACUACUUUGGAGCUCUAAAAAUUAUCCCAUUGCCUGAAAGCGAUUUAUUUAUAAGCAAAGCCAGUAAGUGUAGUAUCCAGGAGAGCAAGAAACUUUUUAUGAGAAGUAUUUCUGGAUUUGGGGAUGUUUCUCCAUAUGUGAUGACUGAUGAUACAUUAGAAAAAGAAAGCUAUUUCAGUCAGAGCCACAACUUCAACUCUUAUAGAGACAAAGUUGAUGCUCUUUCGUUUGUGAAUAAACCAAAAAGUCCUUUUAAAAAAGGAAUGAAAGAAAUAAAUGAUAAUGAUUUCAUGGGCUUUAUAAGGGGAUGCGAAGCAAUGAGUAGUGUAAGUAAACUUGAAAAUGGAGAAAGGAGACUUCCAAGAGAAGCGUGCUCUAUUCAGCGAUCCAAGACCCCAACUCCAUCCAGAAGAUAG